GACAUCAGGGACAGGCUUGGGUUGGAGUUAAUGCUAAUUAAUUAAUGGAAGCAACUGCAGCAUGAAGUAUGGAAAUAACUGCAGCAUGAAGCACGGAGUAAACGACAUCGUUUCAAGUUGCCACUUCAUAGCAUUCUCUGCAACAAAACCAGCCUUUAUUCAUUCCAGAUCUCUCUCUCUCUCUCCCUCUCUCUGUCUCAAAUUCUCGAAGCCGUUUACCAGAAAAACGAUACUUGCUCCGCUCACCGGCACCGGAAAGCCGCUGUAUUCGCCGGACCGCUAUUCUCUUCACUCUGGUGACACGCUCAGCGAUCGGGUCAAAAUGAGUGCUGGAGAGCUUCUUAGCAUCGAACCGCAGGAGCUUCAGUUCCCAUUCGAAUUGAAGAAGCAGAUCUCCUGUUCUCUGCAAUUGGCGAACAAGACCGAUAAUUAUGUGGCGUUCAAGGUCAAGACGACGAAUCCUAAGAAGUAUUGUGUUCGUCCUAACACUGGAAUUGUGAUGCCGCACUCUGCGUGUGAUGUUAUAGUUACAAUGCAAGCACAAAAGGAGGCUCCUCCUGAUAUGCAAUGCAAGGAUAAAUUCUUACUUCAAAGUGUAGUCGCUAGUCCUGGUGCUACUGGAAAGGACAUUACUCCAGAGAUGUUCAAUAAGGAAUCUGGGAAUCAUGUUGAGGAGUGCAAGUUGAGAGUUGCUUAUGUCCCACCACCACAACCGCCAUCACCAGUGCGAGAAGAAUCAGAGGAAGGCUCCUCUCCAAGGGCUUCAAUAUCAGAAAAUGGGAAUGGAAAUACAGCUGAUUAUACUCCUGCUUCAAGAGCAUUUGCAGAAACAGAACAUGUAGAGCCGCAAGACAACUCAUCAGAGGUAAAGGCUCUCAUUUCUAAGCUGGCCGAGGAGAAAAAAUCUGCAAUUCUGCAAAAUAGCAAGCUUCAUCAGGAAUUGGAGUUGUUGAGACGCGAGAGCAAGAAGAGCCGAGGUGGUAUGCCACUGGUAUAUGUUGCCGUCAUUGGCGUGCUGGGCAUCCUCUUGGGAUAUCUCAUCAAAACAACGUGACCCCGCAAAUGGAGUUUGGCUUUGUGUCCGUUCAUCUCUGUUGUUAUUGGGGGCUUAAAAAUGUUUGGGGACAUUUGAAGGAAGACAAAUGGCAAGCUUGAUCAAUGGGAAUGAAGCUUUUUUAUUGCAUUUGGGGUCCGUAAUUUAGGGAACAUGUCCUAUGGGCCUUUGAUGGGUAAUGCAUUUUACGACUGCCUGCGCAUGACUCUGUAAAAGCAUGCCUUUUUGUGCGACCAGCUAACCUGCUUUAUUAUUAUUAUUAUUAUUAUUAUUAUUAUUCUUAUUAUUAUUUCUGGUAAACUGACAUGGUUUCUAGUCUGUCUCUUGCUCUUGCAAGUUAAUUGAUAUGAAUCAAUUUUAUUUUUGUUUCCCAUA